AAUUCCCCUCCUGCAUCGUUCCAAUCCAUAUGACAAGUGACGUGUGGUCGAUUUUGUUUUCUUAUGUGAAUGACGCCAUUUUAGACAAAACAACCAUUUAGGGGCUAAAAAACCCUUAAAAAGCCUCCCCGAAGGCGAUUCACGACUCAUCUAAGGUCGGUGGGCCCCAUUUUGAGGCAUAAAAGUGCAUUAUGGAGGAUAUCUUCCAGUGGUGUAAGGAGGGGAACGCCCUGCAAGUGAGGGUAUGGCUGGACGAGCCUGAACAUGACAUGAACCAAGGGGACGACCACGGCUUCAGCCCUUUACACUGGGCCUGCAUGAAGGGCCACACCAAAAUCGUCGAAAUGCUGCUGCUGAGGGGCGCGAGGGUGAACGCCACCAACAGGGGUGACGACACCCCUUUGCACCUAGCAGUGGCCCACGGGCACAGGGAGAUCGUCGGCAUGCUGCUGAAACAAAGGGCGGACAUAAACUUCACCAACGAGCACGGCAACUCGCCGUUGCACUACGCGUGUUUCUGGUCGUACGAGGGGGUGGCCGAGGACCUGGUGCACCAAGGGGCCAAAGUGUCGAUCGCCAACAAAUACGGCGACACGCCCCUGGAUAAGACCAGGGGCAAUUUGGCGAAAGUCUUGCACGAUAUCGCGGUCGAAAACGGGCAGGAUCUGAAACGGAUCAAGUUCAAGGAUCAGAGCUGGUUGGGGAUGAAGACGCGUUCGAGGGACGCCACCCUGUCGCGUCACAAGGGCAUCAACUUCAAAGAGUUGGAUCUGAAGCAGAAAAUCGCCGAGACGCACGGGGGCGUGACCUAUAAGGGCCGUUGGCAAAACAACGAUAUCGUCGCCAAAGUGCUGAACGUCCGGGAAAUCACCGCGAGGAUUUCCCGGGACUUUAACGAGGAAUUUCCCAAGUUGAGGAUCUUUUCGCAUCCGAAUAUUUUGCCGGUCAUCGGGUGCUCUAACACCCCCCAAAAUUUGAUUGUUAUCAGCCAGUACAUGCCCCUGGGGUCUUUGUACAACGUGCUGCACGAGAGCAGUGGCGGUAUCGUGGUGGAUAUCGCGCAAGCGUUGAAAUUCGCCAUCGAUAUAGCUCGCGGCAUGGCCUUCUUGCACAGUCUGGAACGCACUAUUCCAGAGUAUUUUUUGAACAGUCACCACGUCAUCAUUGAGGAGGACCUCACCGCUCGCAUUAAUAUGGCCGACGCCAAGUUUUCCUUCCAGGAAAAAGGGAGGAUCUAUUAUCCCGCCUGGAUGAGUCCAGAGGCUUUGCAAAAGAAAAUUACCGAUAGGAACUGGGAGGCCUCGGACAUGUGGAGUUUCGCGAUCAUCCUGUGGGAACUGGCGACCAGGGACGUGCCGUUCCCGGAUCAGAGUCCCAUGGAGGUGGGAAUGCGGAUCGCCCUGGAGGGACUCAGGAUCACCCUGAAACCCGGCAUCUCCCCUCACCUCUCGAAACUCAUUAAAAUCUGCAUGAACGAGGACCCGGGAAAACGUCCGAAGUUCGAUAUGGUCGUGCCCAUAUUGGAAAAAAUGACCCGCUAGGGUGGACACUUAUUAACUAAUUAAAGCUUUAACGAUUUUUAUUAAUUUUUUGACUAAUCCUGGAUGGAAUUAUCAAUCAGUGCCUUAAGUAUUCGCCUGGUGGUACCUCGUGUCUUGUCUUUUUUGUUUGUUUGUUUUUUAACCGAAUAAUUUAUUAAAAGAAUUGCGUUCUUUUGACGCCCCACUGUAUGUUUAAAUAAACGUUAUUGUACGAUUU